ACAUUUGAUAUCAAAACGUUGAAAACAUGAAAAUUUCUCUUUUAAUAUCCAUUUUACUUUGUUUAGUUUUGACUCAAGCAGAUCCCCUUCCUAAUUACAUAAAACCUUGCAAAAUAACCGAUGAACAGUGCAUCAUUGAAAAUGGAAAUUUAGCAUGGCAAAAACUUAUUUUUGGCGAUAAAGACUUCCAAAUUCCAGUUUUAACCCCAGUUUUUGAAUUAAACGAAGUCAAAGUUGAUUUAAAUCCGAAUUUCUUUUUACAUCAUACGAAUAUAAAAAUGAAUAGCGCAAAAUCUUACACAAUAAGAGGCGCUAAGUACAAAUCAGAUGAAAAUAAGUUAGCGUUUACACUUUUUAAUCCAUUAAACGACGUCGAUUCUUUAUACGAAAUAAAAUUGAUCGACUUUCUUGGCAAAGAUAUUAAUGGAAAAGGAACUUUUAAGUUAGAUAUUAUUAAUGCUAAUUAUACUUUCGAUGUAUAUUUAAAAACCAUCACGAAAGAAUCCGUUGAUUACCUCAACGUUGAUAAAACAACCUUCGAUUUUCUCCCAGAAAAAAUUUCUUUUAAAUUCGCUAACUUAUUUGAUGGCGAUGUAACAAAAGGAGAAGACGCAAAUUUACACAUUGAAAAUCAUUGGCGUGAAUUUUACGAAGAAGUAAGGACAUCUUACAGCGCAGUUAUGGCAAAUUUAGUAAAAGGCAUUUUCGACUCUUUCUUGAAUAAGAUUCCGAAAACCGAACUAUUUUUGAACUAAAAACCAUCUUAAUAAUUUUGAUCAACAAUGUGUAUUUUGAAAUUUGAUAAAUAAAAGUGUGUAACUUUUA